UUCUGGGUAGUAAUGUUUUCUUUCAAAUAUCCUGUUGGCUAAUUUACUUUUUAGCAGAGAAAUUUCAAUAAAGGCUUAACCUCUGAUUCAGCUUUACAUAACAGUGGAGACAUUUUAAUAAGGGGCUCUGAUAACAGAGAAAACGGAUGUGAUUUUAACCUCUGGCAAUCAAGUAGACGGUCUGUUAGAUGUAGCUGCUAGUCAAGCGUUAAUCUGGUGAAGAGAGGCAUGGACGGAAGGAGAAGAAAAUACAUCGGCCUCAACUCUAAACAUGGGAUUCCUUCUAGAACAAGAAGAUACUGGAAAAGGAGGAAAUUGGCAGAGGCCAUUGACAAGCUUCAGACAAACCAGGAUAUGAACCUGACUCUACAAUCCUCUGACCACAACUCUGACAAUGACUCAGAGAAAGGAGAAGAUGGUGGUGGAAUUAAUAACCUGGAUCAGGAGUCCUCUGACAACAGAGAUGCACAUGAUAGUGAAGACAUUGCACCGAGCCUGAAUCUGGAUUGCUCUGAUCACAACUCUGAUAAUGACUCUGAGAAAGCAGAAGAUGGUGGUGGAGUUAAUAACCUGGAUCAGGAGUCCCUUAAUAUGGAUUCCUCUGACCAUGAAUUUGACCUUGACACAGAAGAAGCACAAGAUGGCAGUGGGAUUACUCAGAACCUGGAUCAGAAUUUCUCCCACCACGAUUCUGACAGUGGUUCAGAAAACGCCCAUGUUGGUGGUGGAAUUAAUAUGUCUUCAUUCUUACACAACAGAACCUGGAUUUCUCUGACAACCUGGAUUCCUCAUCUGAAGGCGCACACGAUAGUGAUGACGUUACAUGAUGGCAGAGGUCCGCGCUGUGAAAUGGGAGACUAUGCCACAUGGGGCUUUGCCAUCUCUGCUGUUGACAGGAAGUGCGGGAUGUGCUGGGUGACUGGCAGCUGCAGGGGCCACUCAAUGGAGACCCAAAGCAGCCUCCUCGAUCUCGGGGGAGACCGCCCAACAUCUCAGCUGGAGCUCAACACAGCCUGA